CAGAAGACUCCGCUCCGGGUUAACCUGUGUCGUUGGCCAGAGGGUCUCUCCCCGCGAGGAGUCGUCUACUGCUGCUGUUGCUGGAUUGGUGACCAUGUCAGCCUCCGCUCUCAUCCACCUGGCCCGGUCGGGGGGGACCCAGGCCAUGCGACAGAGGGGUUUCCUCCAGACAGCCCUAGUUAGUGUCCUACCCCUCCAGGAUGACCUCCCCCUCCAACGGCCCUUCCACCUGGGCCUGCUGCGGGCCAGCAACACGCGCUUCGACCCAGGACAGCAGCGGCAAGCCCACCACCUGGGACUCGUUCGGCAUCUGGGACAACCGCAUCGACGAGCCCAUCAACCUAUCGCCCUCCAUCAAGUACGGCAAGCCCAUCCCCAAGGUCAGCCUGUCCAAGGUGGGCUGCGCCUCACUCAUCGGCCAGCGGAGGGAGAACGAGGACCGCUUCCAGGUCUCCCAGAUGACCGACAAUAUCCUCUACUUUGCUGUGUUCGACGGUCACGGAGGGCCUGAGGCGGCAGACUUCUGCGACAAGUACAUGGAGAAGUACAUUAAGUAAGUCAUCUGGCUGGGUUUUAGGAUCUGUGUUUAGUCAGGGCAUUGGCCUGUAGGACCUGUUUAGGGCCUAAUGUCUGUUGAAUGGACUGGAGAAAAAAUGCACUUCAAUUAGAAUUGAGUUUUUAUCCUUUUUAUACUCGCAAAAUCUCUGUAAGAGGUCUGACUGUGACUAUUGAGAUGGCAGGUAAUGAAUCAAAUUGAUUGAUUGAAUGUGUUUUGGUGUUAUUUCAGGGAUCUUGUAGCAGAGGAGGACAAUCUGGAAGUUGUUCUUAAUAAAGCAUUCCUUGAACUGGACAAAGCCUUGGCAAGACACCUCCACUUCUUCCCUCAUGGUAGGGUCCGUCUGUGAUGUUACACGUCAAGGAAUGUCGAUAGACUGUCUCUGUACUGACAAUGUAGGUAGACUGCACUGAGUUCAUGUUUUUAUGUUAAACUUAACCUACUUUUGUAGCUAGAGUAUUUAGAUUUGCUAGUGUUGAAAAAUGAACUAAUAGCCUAACUUAUUAAUGUGACUGCUCUGCCAAGAGCUAUGAUGACUUAACCUAUCCUAAAUGGAGCUAACGUGAAUUUUCAGUCGGUGCUUCCAGUGCUGUGAAAGCUAAACAUUAAUAGCCAGGGUCACCUUUCUCAGACUGCAAAGCACAGGUUAGGACAUGCAUGUGGCAGACAAUCAUUCUAAACAAACAUAACUCCACUGGAUGCCCUGCAGAUAAGAAACAGGGUCGUCCUCUUGUAGUGCAUGCACCCUUACAAGAUACUGGAUCAAGUUUACCUUCAGUUCCUUUGGCAGCCAUUUUCUUUUGUAAAGGUCGCCUGAAGAAGCAGAUGGUAGCAAUCAUAGAAUGUCGACCGUUUUCUCUGAGAAAGGCCUAGUUUAACCGCCAAGAUGGUGACAGGCAGUCAGUUUAGCUUGAGUGUGUGGCCAAAAUGUCAGCCACGCACGGCAUGAAAUGUCCCAAUAUGCCCUGUGUGUGUGUGUGUGCAUGUUAUUUACGACAGCAGCGGAGCCAGCUAAGAGCUGGAGGCAGCAGGCACCUUUUUGGAAGGAGAAGGGGGGCUAGAUAAUGGAGAGUCCAGCGGGUCCUAUCCUGGACUACUGGAAGGUUCCUCAUCUUUCUCUUCCUCUCCUCUCUCUCUCUCUCUCCUUUAGAAACUUAGUCAUGAAUAUUUCAACAGUGUUAUACACUUAGUUAUUGGAAAGAGGCAUUAGCCUAGAGCUCUCACCUAUAGAUUUGAUCACCCAUGGUGAUAGUCCUGAUGAGCGCUAUCUGAUUCUAAAGUAUGCAUGUCUGUCACUGCUGCUUUCUGUAUUCUGCCAUGGGCCAGUACACUGGAUUACGGACUGUAUAUUAUGUCACUCAUUGUAACUCUGACAUUUUUGUAUGACACUACUGGUCAGAGAUCAAUUGGUCAGAGAUCCAAAGUUCCACUGACUGUAUUGUAGUUGCUCUCAUUCUUUUUCUGUAACCCUAAAACAGUGUGACAUGCAUGUCUGUCUGACUCUCUCUCUCUCUCUCUACCUCUUCUUCAGCCAUCCUUUUUUUAGACUAGUAACCCCCUCCCCCUCCCUUCUGUUCUCAUGUUGUGGAGUAUGACUCGUGAGUGUGUGUGUCACGUGCCUGCUAUGCUGUAAAUGUGUGAGACUACAUGUUGAGCAUGUAUUUGAAUAAUUCAUUUUGUGUUUUGAGAAACAAGUUUACCAUAUGAUAAUUGUCAGCUCUGUGUGUUGCUUGUUUGCUGUGUGUGUCUGGUCUUACGGUUGUGUACAGUGUGUUGUUGGUGUGUGUGUGUGGUCUUCAGAUGCAUUUCCCCCCCUCUGACGUGUUUCCCUCUACUUCCUGGUGUUGUAGUGGUGAGCGCUGGCUCCACGGCCACGGUGGCCCUGCUUAGGGACGGUAUAGAGCUGGUGGUGGGCAGCGUGGGGGACAGCCGCGCCAUGCUCUGUCGCAAGGCCAAGGCCCUCAAACUCACCUCGGACCACACCCCCGAGAGGAAGGACGAGAAGGAGAGGUACGGCAGAUAUCCAGACUCGAGAAAGACUUGAUCUGUUAUUCAUUUGUUGGGGGCUGUAAAGUUAGCAGUCACAGUAGGCAUGCUUUAUCCAUCAAAUUGGACACUAAUAGAAAUGUGCUAACCUGGAUUAAGAUCGUACUAUAAAUUCUAACAAUGAUCCGUAAGUCAUUUAAGAGCCCUCUCCCGUGCUUUAAAACCCCCCUGUCUGUCUCUGUACCUCCAGGAUAAAGAAGAGCGGUGGCUGGGUGACCUGGAAUAGUCUGGGGCAGCCCCACGUCAACGGCAGGCUAGCCAUGACACGCGCCAUCGGGGACUUUGACCUCAAGAGCACCGGGGUGAUCGCUGAGCCAGAGACCAAGCGAAUAUCAGUGAGUGGCUGCUGUCACCACUUCAGAGAAAUGCUCUACCAUGCAGUGUCACAGUGUAUACAUCUCAAAUGACACCCCAUUCCCUAUGUAGUGCACUACUUUUGACCUGGACCUAGAAAAAACGACAAGUAUCGAUACCAACCGAACCGAUCAUUUAUGGAGGACAUGUUACUAAUAUCGAUAAUAACGAUAAGUAGCCGUUACUAGAGGAAUGUGACGUUUGAAAUAAAAUAACUGCUAAUAUGGGCUAUUACUAACGGGACAGUGAUGGCCACAACACUGAAAGUAGCAUUAGUAGUAGUUUUAAGGGUAAUGUAAAAAAGUAACUGGUGCAAAUUGUUAUAAACUUAUCAUUCCAUUUAUUGUUAUCGUGAUAAUUCAGUCAAUUUAUUGUGAUAUGGAUUUUUGUCCAUAUUGUCCAGCUCUACCAGAACCUAUAUAGUCUAUUCAUUUUGACCAGAUCCACACAGGGCUGGACAAAAGUAGGCCACUGUAUGGGGAAUAGGUUGGAUUUAGCCAGUGUCUGUCACUCAGUUUGACCUCUAGCCCCCAAGGUGUUUCGGUCACUGGGAAAAUCUGAAAUGAUUCUCAAAGGAUUCCCCGUUUAGUCCACAAAUGUUUGCUCAGAACAAUGGAGGGAUUCUGUAAUGACAGAUUAAGCUCCGAAGGGCAAAUGUGUUUCCUCUUUAUCACUGGAGCCUGUCUGGCUUAGUCUCUGGCUUGUGUCAUGGUCUGUCUGUAGAUGUCUGACAAUAAGGUAUUAACUUUGCCUUAUAUAUUAUUUUUUUUUAAUUCUGUUUUUUUAGCUGCAUCACGUUCACGACUCGUUCCUGGCGCUGACCACAGAUGGCAUCAACUUCAUCAUGAACAGCCAGGAGAUCUGUGAUGUCAUCAACCAGUGCCACGACCCCAAAGAGGCCGCCCAGAGGAUCUCGGAGCAGGUAGGGUGGUCACUUUAAACCACCACAGCACCUAGGGCAGCUUUUCACAAACUCGGUCCUCGGGACCCCAAGGGGUGCAUGUUUUGGUUUUUGCCCUAGCACUACACAGCUGAUUCAAAUGAUCAAAGCUUGAUGAUUAGUUUAUUAUUUGUAUCAGCUGUGUAGUAUUGGGGCAAAAAACUAAAUGUGCACCCCUUGGGGUCCCGAGGACCGAGUUUGGGAAACCCUGACUAUCCAAACAGCUGCACUGCCUUUGAAAUUAUUGAAGCAGAGAUAUUUAAUGUAAGUCUAGCAAACGAAUGAGUUCAAUGGAACUCCAUGGCACUGUAUAAUAAUCUUUAUGGAUUGUCAAAUAAAUAUGUCUCCUGGCUGUUCAAAGAAACUAUUAAACAUUGAGACAAAUGUUAAUUAUUGGUGGCGGUGUCUCUCCUCUCCCAGGCGCUCCAGUACGGCUCAGAGGACAACAGCACCAUCAUCGUGGUUCCCUUCGGAGCCUGGGGGAAACAGAAGAGCUCCGAGACCAGUUACUCCUUCAGCCGCAGCUUCGUGUCCAGCGGCCGCUGGGCCUAAACAGGUGGACCCGGGUCGUCAGAAGGACCAAGUUGCCCCUAGACACUGAUCUAGUGUCAGUUUAUGUUUCACACCCCUAAUGGUGAGGGUUAGGGCUUGGGGAGUGUAAUCUGAUCUGAGCUCUGUGCUUAUGGAUAACUUUGAUCUGAAGGGAAGGGGAAUGGGGAGGGAGAUUCCUGUGGACCUUAUCGAUGUGCAAUACAGUCUCCACACAGGGAGGGACCGUUCAAGACAUGCAGGGGGAAAAGCACAGCUAACCGAGAAGCGAUGCCUUAGGAACGAUGACAUGUCAUUGUUCAGAUAAUAAUACCCUAGUUUUGAGCCUGUUCUACAGAAAGGCUGUUGACUCAUUAUGUACACUUAACAAGGAACACGUCCUUUUCACAUCCUCCAAAAUCGCAGCCUAUUCCCUAUGUAGUGCACUAC